UGGAACUCAGGGUCCUAUCCGCUCCACUCCUACACCCAGCCACAGCCUAACUGGACCGAGAUUGUGAACAAAAAGCUCAAGUUCCCAACUCCACUCCUGAGUGCCAUCCAGGAGGGGCGUCUGGGUCUUGUACAGCAGCUGCUGGAGGCAGGAGUAGAGGCCACCAGCAGUGGGCCAGGCGGGCCCCUGCGGAACGUGGAAGAGGCUGAGGACCGCUCCUGGAGAGAAGCACUCAACCUGGCCAUCCGCCUGGGCCAUGAGGCCAUCACUGACAUGCUGUUGGCCAAUGUGAAGUUUGACUUCCGGCAGGUCCAUGAAGCCCUGCUAGUGGCAGUGGACACAAACCAGCCAGCAGUGGUGCGUCGCCUGCUGGCCCGGCUGGACCGGGAGAAGGGUCGCAAAGUCGACACUAGGUCUUUCUCGCUAGCUUUCUUUGACUCAUCGAUCGAUGGCUCCCGCUUUGCGCCUGGUGUCACUCCGCUCACCUUGGCCUGCCAGAAGGACCUGUAUGAGAUCGCACGGUUGCUCAUGGACCAAGGCCACACCAUUGCCUGGCCCCACCCAAUCUCCUGUGCCUGCCUCGAGUGCAGCAAUGCCCGCCGCUAUGACCUGCUGAAGUUCUCCCUGUCCCGUAUCAAUACCUACCGCGGCAUCGCCAGCAGGGCCCACCUCUCCCUGGCCAGUGAGGAUGCCAUGCUGGCCGCCUUCCAGCUCAGCCGUGAGCUCAGGCGCCUGGCCCGCAAGGAGCCUGAGUUUAAGCCUGAGUACAUUGCUCUGGAGUCGCUGUGCCAGGACUAUGGCUUUGAGCUGCUGGGCAUGUGCCGGAACCAGAGCGAAGUCACUGCCGUGCUCAACGACUUGGCCGAGGACAGCGAGGUGGAGCCUGCGGCUGAGGGCCUGGGCCAGGCCUUCGAGGAGGGAAUCCCCAACCUGGCAAGGCUGCGGCUGGCAGUCAACUACAACCAGAAGCGGUUCGUAGCACACCCCAUCUGCCAGCAAGUCCUGUCCUCCAUCUGGUGUGGGAACCUGGCUGGCUGGCGUGGAAGCACCACCAUCUGGAAGCUCUUCAUUGCCUUCCUCAUCUUCCUCACCAUGCCCUUCCUCUGCAUUGGCUACUGGCUGGCACCCAAGUCCCGGCUGGGCCGCCUGCUGAAGAUCCCAGUGCUGAAGUUCCUGCUUCACUCUGCCUCCUAUCUGUGGUUCCUCAUCUUCCUGCUGGGAGAAUCCCUGGCCAUGGAGAUGCAGCUGAGCACCUUCAGUGGCCGCAGCAAGAGUGUCUGGGAGACUUCACUACACAUGAUUUGGGUCACAGGCUUCCUGUGGUUUGAGUGUAAGGAGGUGUGGAUCGAGGGCCUUCGAAGCUAUCUCCUGGACUGGUGGAACUUCCUGGAUGUGGUCAUCCUGUCCCUGUACCUGGCAGCCUUUGCCCUGCGCCUCCUCAUCGCCGGGCUUGCCUUGGUGUCCUGUAGGGAUGCCUCUGACAGUGCAGCAUGCCGCUAUUUCACCACUGCUGAGCGAAGUGAGUGGCGCACCGAGGAUCCCCAGUUCUUGGCCGAGGUACUCUUUGCUGUCACCAGCAUGCUCAGCUUCACCCGCCUGGCCUACAUUCUGCCAGCCCACGAGUCGCUGGGCACUCUGCAGAUUUCCAUCGGCAGGAUGAUUGAUGACAUGAUCCGGUUCAUGUUCAUCCUCAUGAUCAUCCUGACUGCCUUCCUCUGUGGCCUCAACAACAUCUACGUGCCCUACCAGGAGACAGAGCAGCUGGGCAAUUUCAAUGAGACGUUCCAGUUUCUGUUCUGGACCAUGUUUGGUAUGGAGGAGCACAAAGUGGUGGACAUGCCUCAGUUUCUGGUGCCUGAAUUCGUGGGCCGGGCCCUCUAUGGCAUCUUUACCAUCGUCAUGGUCAUUGUGCUGCUCAACAUGCUCAUUGCCAUGAUCACCAACUCCUUCCAGAAGAUUGAGGACGAUGCUGACGUGGAGUGGAAGUUUGCUCGCUCCAAGCUCUACCUGUCCUACUUCCGAGAGGGCCUGACACUGCCUGUGCCCUUCAACAUCCUGCCUACCCCCAAGGCCUUCUUCUACCUUCUCAGGAGAAUUUUCCGGUUCAUCUGCUGUUGCUGCUCCUGCUGCAAAACCAAGAAGCCAGACUACCCCCCAAUCCCCACCUUUGCCAACCCAGGGGCAGGGGCAGGUGCUGGGCCUGGGGAGGCAGAGCGUGGAUCCUACCGCCUUCGAGUCAUCAAGGCUCUGGUGCAGCGCUACAUAGAGACUGCCAGGCGGGAGUUCGAGGAGACCCGUCGGAAAGACCUGGGCAACAGACUGACAGAGCUGACCAAGACUGUAUCCAGGCUGCAAAGUGAGGUGGCCAGUGUGCGGCGCACCAUGGAAGCAGGAGGGACAGCCCGGCCUCCCGAUGGUGCCAGCAUCCUCAGCCGCUACAUCACCCGAGUUCGCAACAGCUUCCAGAACCUGGGCCCCUCCAUCUCCGAGACCGCAGAGCUGAUCAUGCCAGGAAUUGUGCAGACCCAAGACUCUUCAGAAACUGGGGUGCAGGGUGCAGGAGAGGCUGAGACUCCGGCUUCUGGAGCGGAUGGGCUCUCCUCCCCGACUCAUGUGCUGGUGCACAGGGAGCAAGAAGCAGAGGGGACCAGGGACCUGUCCGCAGGGAAGGAUUUGGGGGCCAAGGGGGAGUCCUAACACAGCGGAAAGGUCCCUUCUUCUGUUGUGGGGUUCAGCAGCCUAGUUGAGUGGGGUUAGUGUCACUUAGGAGCCUGUGUGCUUUCCUUCCUCAAUAAAAGUUCCCAAUGUGGAUGGC